AAUUGGUAGCUCUUUCUAAUACCUUUUUCAACGUAGUGGCAACUCUGGGCGAGCACGCCGCACGUUUUCAUUUAUUUUGGUUUUGUUUGGUGUUUUCUUCAUUUAUAAACAUAAAAUAAAUUAGAUUGAAAUGAAGAAACCCGCGGCGAAAAAAGACGAGGAUGCGGGAGAACCUGUGGCCAAAAAGCAAUUACAAACAAAAGCAAAUGUCUUGCUGAAUUCUAAAAAUGUGGACACUAAAAUUCUGAAGGGUUUUGUACAAAUGCUGAAAGACACACCCGAUAAUGUGCAAGUAGGGGACGUGAUGAAUGUCCUGGAAGUGAUAUUCAAAAAUCUAAUCAAGCGGAAAUCUUUGGAUGGAGCCGAGAAGACCCCCGCCAAAAUCCGGGAGCUGUACGAGGAAACCUGGUUGCUUCUACUGGAAAACCUACUCCAGGAUAGCGAGAGCUCCGUUACCAUAAAAGUCUGCAUGCAGCUAAUAAAGUCAGAGGCCAAAACUCCCAUAGCACCAAACACUAGCUUUCCUUUUUACCGCAUUCGCCGAAUUCUCGACACACUUCUAAACGCCGAAGAAACACCCACGACUGCUCUGGUUAACUAUGGAAAAUAUUGCAAAAACCUGGAUAUCCUGGAUAUUACCCUGAAACAGCUGUUGACCCUAGUGCCAAAGGGAGAGUUCAAGGACCAACCCGUCAAGGCAAUUAACUUCCUGUCUCUGAUUAACCUUAUCGACAUGGGAAAGUCGGUGCUAAACGGGGAGGAAUACUUCCUGGAGACGGACAAGGCCUCGACAUUUAACUACAAACAAAAUCAGAAGAGUUUAAACAAGUUGUGGAAGGCCGUCAUGGCGUCGAGCAGUGGGGUGGAUGAAAAAGUACAUCGCCAGCUGCUGGUGGUGCUGCUAGAGAGGGUCAUCAGCCAUCUGGACGAUCCCAUUCAAUUGACUGAUUUCCUGAUGGAUUCCCUACAUCAGUUCGAUGGUCCCAUUGCUCUUCUGGCCCUCCAGGGCAUUUUCACCUUAAUGCAAAAGCAAAACAUCACCUAUCCGGAUGUGUACGAGAAGCUGUACAAUAUGUUCUAUCCCCGCAUGUUCUACAACAAGUACAAGGCUCGUUUGUUCUACUUGGCGGAUAUAUUUUUGACCUCCACCCACUUGCCGGAGAAUCUGGUGGCUGCUUUUGUCAAGAGACUGGCCAGAUUGGCACUGCAAUCCCCCACCGAAGACGCCGUGAUCAUGAUCCGAUUCGUCUGCAACUUGCUGCUGAGGCACACGGGUCUGCAGAAGCUGAUCAAGGCCAGUGGAGCGGCGGAUGAAAUCAGUGAUCCGUAUGACGAGAAGGAACCCAAUCCGGUAAAAUCGGAGGCCAUCAACAGUUCGUUGUGGGAAAUCAGUCUGCUGCAGAAACACGCCAUUCCCGAAGUGGCCAAUGCGGCGAGGUUCAUAAAUUCCUCACUGCCCAUCAUGGAGUUUGAUCUGGCCCCGCUUCUGGACAGGAAGGAGUGCAAUAUUUUCGACGAUGAACUGCAGUCGAAAGCCAAGCAAUUCGCUUUGAACUACGAACGACCUGGAACCCUGGCUUUGCCCAAGAACGGAUCCGUCACGAAGUACUUUGAACUAAUUUAGAUCCUUAGACUCAACAUAAUCUUAAGCUGGAUUAAAGUGCAGCCUGUGGGGCUGUGGAUGGGCCAUUUCGGCCUGAAACCAA